AUGGACUGCAAACAGCGAUACUUCCUGCGAUGUGCUUCUGUGGAAGAGGCCCCGCCGGUGCCUGACUCCGACACUGCCAUCACCGACCCAGGCCCAUGCCAGGGUGACCUGGACCUGGAGGCCCCGAAACGGAAUGUCGGAAAGCGCGCUUUGCAGAGGAACGUGUGCAGAAAGGUGCGGAAGUGGAUUUGGCAGGUAGAUUUGGAUGAGAUCGAGACCUGCGCCACGCCGGCGAGAGCGAGCCAGGGGCUCCAGGUAUUUCAUGCAAUCAUCGUGUGUGUCACAGAGCUCCCCGACACGGCUCAUGUUUGCUGA